CAUAGAUGUUUUAGGAGUAUACAAAGCAUCAACCAAUCAAAAUAUAUCACUUUUCAUUGAGUUUCAUAUAUUUCGAUCUCUUCAUAGUUAUUUUCUUGCUUUAUUAUCUAUCUCAAGUUUUGUUUUAAUGGGGAGUACUAGUGAGAAAAAAGUGUUCACAGUUCUAAGUAUUGAUGGAGGUGGGAUUAGAGGCAUUAUCCCAGGCACUAUUCUGGCUUUUCUUGAAUCAAAGCUUCAGGAAUUGGAUGGACCAGAUGUAAGGAUUGCAGAUUAUUUCGAUGUAAUUUCAGGAACAAGCACUGGUGGCUUAGUCACCACCAUGCUUGCUGCCCCCAACAAACACAAUCGACCCAUGUUCGCUGCUAAAGAUAUUAACGAUUUUUACUUACAACAUACGCCUAACAUCUUCCCUCAAAGUGGGGAUUCAUUGUUUGGAUCGUUAGCAAGUUGGAUGGAGAGCUUAACAGGUCCUAAGUAUGAUGGAAAGUAUCUUCAUUCCCUUCUUAACAGUCUACUUGGUGAUCUCACUCUCAGCCAAACCCUAACCACUAUCGUUGUACCAGCUUUUGACAUAAAGCUCGUUCAACCUUGUAUUUUCUCUACCACAGAGGGAAAAGAAAACUCGUUGAGAAAUGCUAGACUAGCAGAUAUUUGCAUCAGUACCUCAGCAGCACCCACUUAUCUCCCAGCACAUAGUUUUACCACUACUGAUGACAAUGGAAAUUCUCGUAGUUUUGAUCUCAUUGAUGGUGCUGUUGCUGCAAAUAACCCAUCUAUGUUGGCAAUUAGCCAUAUCAUCAGAGAAACAGCAAAGAAGAAUAAUAACAAAUCAGAAGAAGAAGAAGAAAAAGUUGGGAUGGAUGGAACUAAAAUGCUAGUGUUGUCAUUGGGAACAGGUGAAGCUAAGCAUGAAGAGAAGUACAACGCUUCCAUUGCCUCCAAAUGGGGUCUCAUUAAUUGGAUUUUUGACAAUGGAACCACACCCAUCAUUGACAUUUUUGCUAAUGCUAGUUCUGAUGUUGUUGAUUUUCUUGUAUCAACUAUCUUCCAAUCUCAACAUCACACGAAAAAUUACCUUCGUAUUCAGGAUGAUACAUUGGUUGGGAAUGAGUCAUCGGUUGAUAUAGCAACUACUGAGAAUCUACAAAGACUUGUUGAUAUCGGGACAAAGCUACUAGAGAAACCAGUUUCGAGGGUAAAUUUGGAAACAGGUAAGUAUGAGAUUGUUGAAGGAGAAGGUACUAAUGCUGAAGCUCUUCUCAAUUUUGCCAAACUCCUAUCCAAGGAGAGGAAAUCAAGAUUGAUGAGUCAAUAACGAAUUAUAUACAAAUCUGUUCUUAUACUUAUAAUUAGAAGAAGUAAUAUAUUUAUAAAUUUCAUUGUUAAUUUCUCUCCUUAAUGUAAACAUUCCACGCUUAAUUUUUUUGUAUGUAACUUUCAUUUUUCCUAUUAAUUUUUGAAAAAUUUAAUUA